GUUCCUGACCGAGCUCUGUGGGUCUCCCCACUACGUCGCGCCGGAACUGAUCGGGCAGAGGUACACGGAGCUCGUCGACGUCUGGGCUUUCGGUGUCUUGAUGUAUCUCCUGAUGUACGGAGCCUACCCUUACGAUGGCAAGGAUCCCAAAGAGAUCAUGAUCAAGGUUGUGACAAAGAAGAUCCCCUGGCAGAAGCGAGCGCUGCUGAGCAACACGUGCCUGGACUGCUUGACUACCGCGCUGCAGCAUGACGUCACGAAGCGCCUCAGUGCCAAGGAGGUCUCCCGGCAUGCCUGGUUCGAUGGCUCGGAAGGCAACUCGAUUCCCAGCGAGGUCCUCCGAAGUGCUCACAGGAAGGUCACCGCUUCGAGGAAGACGGCGGAUCCCUCUGUCGAGCAGCAGCGCAACGAGAAGUUGCAGAAGUUGGAGGAGGACUGGAAGAAGGGCCUCCUCCCUGCGAAGAUCCGCCCGGGACAUCGGCCGGAAGUGCUGCGGCGUGAGAACCGCUUACGGACGGCACCCUCCGCGAUGAAGGACUCUUCUGGGAUAGCCCUGGCACACCAUCUACAUCUAGAUCUUUGCAGAGACCCGCUUUCCCAAGGCUACGAGGGCUUCCUUGAGAGCCAGAACGAUUCGGCUUCCAUUGAUCUCGGCUGUCCAGGAGCAGAAGACCUGAUUGAUGCCGACUUCACGACCCUCACGCCGCGCCUCCCUCCAGGAAUGAUCCGGAGUUCCCACAGCUUCCCAGACCGGGACAUGGUGGGCUCCCGCGCUCGAGUUGCCUCGGAGGUCUUGGACUAG